AUGUGCUCACACUGGGUACCCAAGCAGCUGACACAAGCGCAUAAGGAUCAACGGGCUGCCAGCGCAUUGACAUUCCUGACAAAUUACAUUGACGAAGGAGAUGAUUUUCUUACUCAUAUUGUGACGGGGGAUGAGACCUGGUUGCACCACCCCACGCCCGAGUCAAAGCAGCAGUCGAAGCAGACAGAUUCGUCCCAGCAAAAAAAAGUUCAGGCAGGCCGCGUCAGUAAAAAAAAAGUUGUGCAGGACUUCGACUCAGACGCUGAUCUCAGGGGAGAGACUCGACAUUGGCGGACAUCGCAGUCGGCAGCUUUCUAUGAUGAGGGCUUUCGGAAGCGCGUCCCACGCUACGACAAAUGUCUCAACAGUUCUGGUGACUACGUGGAGAAGUAG